AUGAGUUUUGCUGCAGAACAUAAUCAUACUCUUGCAUCUGGUCCUGCUAGAAUGUUCUUAAGGUGUAACAGGAAGGUGUCUCUUGCAUACCAAAAUUUUAUUGUGGAUUGUUCACGUGCCAAUAUAGGUGCAACUCGAGCCCAUAGUCUUGUAAAGGAGAUGACUGGUUCGUAUGAAGAUGUUGGGGCUACAGUUUCUUAUUUUAAAAAUUUUGCGAGAGACGUGAAGGUUCGUAUUGGUGAGCAUGACAGUGACAAGAUCUUGGACAAGUUCAGAACCAAGAGGAAAAAAACAAGAAAUUCAUUUUUUUAUGACUACAAGGUCGACAAAAAUGGACACUUGACCGGCUUGUUCUGGACAGAUACUGUUGGUCAAGCGAACUACGAUGUUUUCGGUGACAUUGUAUCAUUUGACCGUACGUUCCGCACAAAGAAGUAUCACAUGGUUUUUAUUCCAUUUACCGGUGUUGACAAUCAUUGGAAGAAUGUCACAUUUGCUGCUGCUCUUUUAGCUAAAGAAAAUUAUAAAAAUUUCAAAUGGCUAAUUUUGACAUUCAAGAAAGCCAUGGGACGUGCCCCGCCAUGUGUAAUAACUGAUCAAUGUAAAGCCAUAAAAAAGCUUUGGAUAAAUGGUGGGUAUCCACGAAACAUCGCCUUUGUUGGCCCUAAACUUUCUUCCGAUAAAACUUUUGUUUCAAAGCUUAAGUCUGCAGUGUAUGCAGAUCAUCUUUCAACAACUGAUUUUGAAGAACGAUGGAGGGCUGUUAUAGAUGAAUAUAAGCUGGAUACCAAUGCUUGGUUGUCUGAACUGUAUGAUAUACGUGAUCAGUGGAUACCCGCAUAUUUUAAUGACAUUGAAAUGGCUGGUUUGCUCCGCACAACAUCUCGCUCUGAGAGCUCUAACUCCUUUUUCCAACAUUAUCAUGACAGUGGAGAUACCUUAGUUGAGUUAUAUUCUAGUUUUGAGAGUGCAAUGGACAAACAACGUCUACGGACUGCUGAAGAUGAUAGGAGAUCCGAACAAAUCCCACUUGCUGAUUCAUUAAUGAGUAUCGAAUUAGAUGCUUCUAAGAUAUACACGCUUUAG